UUGCUCUGUCUGCUUUGGUACCUGUCCUCGGCCGUGACCAAUAACAUUGGCAAGCAGAUCAUGAACCAGUUCCGAUACCCCGUCACCUUGACGUUUGUCCAGUUCGUGUUCGUGUCGAUCUUCUGCUUCGUGUCAGGGGCUGGAUUCAGGAUGACGACGAUCCGAAGACCAACUGUAGGCAUCGUGCAGAUGACCGCACCGUUGGUCGGUUUCCAGGUUGUGGGACACGUCUUCUCGAGUGUCGCCAUUAGUCAUGUCCCUCUGAGCGUCGUACAUACCAUCAAGGCACUUUCACCCCUGUUUACUGUCGUGUUUUACCGCAUCAUUCUUGGAACGACCUACAGCAGAGAGGUCUAUAUCUCACUGGUGCCUCUGACUGCAGGAGUGAUGCUCGCCUGCCGACUCUCGCUCGAGUUCAACAACCUUGUCGGUCUGGUCUGUGCUCUUGCCUCGACCCUUGUCUUUGUGACCCAGAAUGUGUUCACGAAGAAGAUCCUGUUCAGCACCAAGGCCAAGCAGGACAAACUUGGGGGACUCGGAAACAAGGAGGCAACCAAGGAAGAUCCUGUGGAUGAGAUUGGACCCAGUAACGCCCAAAAGCUGGAUAAGCUCAACAUUCUGUUCUACUCAUCCACGAUGGCCGCCAUCUGCAUGAUCCCUAUCUGGCUCUAUGCUGAGGGCAUGGGGCUCAUGUUCCCAGACGAAGCCGGGGUCUACCAUCAUGCUAGUGGUCACACUUCAGGAUUCUGGGGCGUCUCCUGGCUGCUGUUCCUGAACGGCGUCUCGCACUUUUUCCAGAACAUCUUUGCGUUCUCAGUCCUGGCGCUCACUUCUCCUGUCACGUACUCGAUUGCAUCUUUGAUCAAGCGUAUUGUGGUCAUUGUGGCGAGUAUCGUCUACUUCCAUCAGACGUUAGGCGCCACUCAAUGGACUGGUGUCUGUUUGACCUUCUGGGGCUUGUGGUUGUACAACUCGGCCAAGAAC